UCCCAGUGGAGGGCAUGCAGGAGGCGGCCAAUCGAACUGGGGUAUGAGAUCACCUUCAGUUUACUCAGCCCAGACCCCAAGUCCGGUGAUGUCCACUGGGACACCGAGAGAGCUGUCCGGCUCUAUGUGCAGCCCUUUCUGAAUGCCCUCAGUGUUGCUGGCAACUUCCCUGUGGACUCCCAGAUCCUUUGCUCUGCAGCGCUGGGCGUACACCCCCGCUUUGACCCGGCUUCUUCCAGCUACUACUUGGCCGCACAUAGCCAUCCCCAUAUCAUCAAUCCAGGGGAGUCCCGCCUAGGUUCGGCUGUCUGCCUUUACCCUGGGCUCCACUUUCUACUCUACGUACCUGAGCUUGCUCACUCCCCCCUGUACAUUCAGGACGAGGAUGGAGCUCUGGGGGCCACCAAUGCCUUCCGCAGUCCCUGCUGGGGUGGCAUUAUGGUAUACAAUGUGGACCCCAAAGCCUACAAUGCCUUGGAGCUGCUGGUGCAAGUCGAGGUGGACGUGGGGGGAGUGAUGGAGGUGCUCCUGGCUCAGCUGUGGCUGCUCUUUGGGAUUGCCCAGCCCCAGGUGCCUCCAAAAUGCCUGUUUUCCAGGCCUAAGACUGAAGGGCUGAUGACUUGGGAGCUAGACCAGCUGCGCUGGGCUUGGUCGGUGGAGAACCUGGCCACAGCCACCACCAGUCUCACUUCCCUGGCCCAGCUUCUGGGCAAGAUUGGCAACAUUGUCAUUAAGGACCAUGUGGCAUCUGAGGAGUACAGGGCUGUAGCUGCAGUCCAGAAGGCAGCGGCGGAGUUGGCUUCUGCCUUUGUUGCCAGCCAGGACACUGUAACAUCCUCAGAACAUCCCUUUUUUGGUCCCUUGCUCCUCCACCUUCUCUAUUUCCCUGGUGACAAGAAGUUUGCCAUCUACAGCCCCCUCUUUCUGCCCAUGGCUGUGCCCAUCCUGUCUCUGGUCAAGGUCUUCCUGGAGACUCGCAAGUCCUGGAAAAAGCCUGAGAAGAUAGACCGAGCAGGGCAGCAUCUCAGUCAGAAGCCUUCCUUUCUGGCCAGGGUGGGAGGUGUUAGAUUGAGAGGCACAUAA